AUGAAUAAUACAAUGAUUGAAUUGGCUGAAAAGGAAUACAGAGAGAGGAAGAUUGCUUUCGACUUAUGGAAGAACACCAAUGCACAUCUCCUAGGAACGCCUGAUUAUGAGAAAUAUACGAAGCGAUUCGCUGAUUAUGAAAACGAUUAUUUGGAUAAGAUGCAGCGUUUGAGAAAUCCAACAGUGGAAGGUCCAAGGAGCGUAGAUUCCAUUCUAAUGGAGCUGUUAGAGAAUAUCAGUUUUAGAGACUUUUUCGCCGCUCUUAAAAGAACGGAUGAGUUGGAUAAAGAUUUCGUGUCGGCAAUGAUCAAGAAUCUGAAUACAGUUCAAGCGACUGGACUAGUAGUUCCCGUAGCUGUGAAUCCUGCAAACUAUCAUGUUGGCUCAGCAUCGUCCUAUUAUUCCAUGCCGACGAUGCCUACAAUGCCAUCCGUAACAAGUUGGGGACAGAGUCCUCAUUGGAAUAGUAAUCAGCAUCUCCGAAAAUUCAAGCCACCGUCCCCUCAUCGCGACUACAAGAAUCCUGCUUCUUCCAUGCCUUUUAAAGAUUUCAGUCAGUGA